AACCCCAAACCCUAACCUGCUGCUCAAUCUUCUUCUUCUUCUUCAUUUUCAAUUCUUCAAAACCCUAGCAAAUUUCACCAAUUCACUCGCCCUACCUCUCUGGAAAUCCAAAAUCUCUCUCUAAGCGUCCAAGACCAUGUCUGUAGACGGCUCAGCGGAGCGAAGAAAGCAACCAACUCAGACUCAGACGCCGAGCACAGGCAACGGGAACUGCGGCAUUUCUUCCAUGAGCUUGGCGAACAGGCUGAGACUGAACCCUAACAAGGAGCACAAGCCGGACAGCUACGACGACCUUCAUCAAUUGGAGUUUAGUCCCUUGCUCUUCAGCUCGCUGGAGCGCUACUUGCCUCCCACCAUGCUCAAUGGGUCACGUGACCUCAAGCUCCAGUACAUGAGAGACAUUCUCCUACGCUACUCGUCCGAGAGUGAGCGCACUCGUGUUCAACGACAUAGAGAAUACAGGCAGAAGAUCAUCUCACACUAUCAGCCUGUACACAAGGAGUUAUACACUAUGCAGGCUGCACAGUUCUUUGUCCCCUCAUUUCUCAAAGCAAUCAAUGAGAAUACAGAGGAUAGCUUUAGAAGUAUUAUGGCUGAACCCGCUCCUGGAAUUUAUACAUUUGAAAUGCUUCAGCCGUACUUCUGUGAAUUGUUAUUAUCCGAGGUGGAAACUUUUGAAAGGUGGGUCAUUGAGACAAAUUUCAGAAUCAUGCGACCAAACACAAUGAAUAGAUACGGUUGUGUUCUUGAUGACUUUGGCCUGGAAACCAUGCUUGACAAGGUGAUGGAGGACUUUAUACGCCCUAUGUCUAGAGUUUUCUUCCCCGAAGUUGGUGGAUCCACGCUGGAUUCUCAUCAUGGUUUUGUUGUUGAAUAUGGAACUGAUAAGGAUGCAGAGCUUGGUUUUCAUGUGGAUGACUCAGAAGUCACCUUGAAUGUUUGCUUGGGCAAGCAAUUUUCUGGCGGAGAAUUGUUCUUUCGAGGUAUUCGAUGUGAUAAACAUGUAAAUUCAGAGACACAAUCGGAGGAAAUCUUUGAUUAUUCUCAUGUUCCGGGGCAUGCGGUUCUUCAUCGUGGUCGCCAUCGGCAUGGUGCUAGAGCCACAACAUCAGGGUGUCGAGUCAACUUACUACUAUGGUGCAGAAGUUCGGUCUUUAGAGAGCUGAAGAAGUAUCAGAAAGAUUCUUCUAACUGGUGUGGAGAGUGCCAGCGUGAGAAGAAAGAAAGGCGGCGUCAAUCUAUUGCUGCCACCAAACUGGAAUUGCUCAAGAGAGAUGGAAAACCCACUUCUUGAGAUGUUCUUUGUAAUGGUUUUUUUUUAAUCUUUUCUGCCAAUAUCUUCUCGAGCAUUUCAUCAUGUAACUUUUGCUUGUGAAGUUGUAAAUUUACAAAAAUCUCAUCCUUAUUUAUUUCAUUAAUAUAGACUACACUACAGUUAGGCUGCUUGUUAGUAAUACGAAGAGAGAUUCACAAUUAUACCCAACAUGAUGUCUUUACAAUGCUUCAGUGCUUCUGCAA